CGCUUUAUAGAACAACCCAAUAUUUUUGUCACCUAGAGUUGCUAUAUUUUUAAAUUGAUAAGUAUAUUAAAAAUAUGCUUAACCUGGCUAUUACUUUCUUUUUACAUCAGCUAACAACCUAGCUACCCAUUUUACACGGUUUUUUAUAGACACUUUCUUAGAAUAAUCGCAAAUUUUAAAACACAGAACUAGCACUAACCAUCCAUACAAAUUCAGACAAAUGUGGAGUUAACUCUUUCAGAAUAAACGUUUAAACUUUCCUUGAUCACGUAAAGAAAAUCUUCCAAAAUUUUUAUGUUGACGAUAUUAAAUGCAUCAAAGAAAAUAAAAACAGGGCGAACUUUUGUUUUCCUUUUGAUUCUUUCUCUUGUAAUCAUAAUUUUUCCCACUUCUGUAAUUAGGAAGCAAAUUUUUUUAUUGAUCACGAGAAUUUCAGACAAUAGUAAUUGAAAUUUUCUUUCGAUUUGCACUUGACAUACCCGAAUUCAUAAUAAAUUACACUGAAAUAGUCAGCCAUAAAAACAAUUUAUUUAUUUCAAGUUAACCAGCAAAACACUGGGUAACGAUUCAUUUAUUUAUCUGGUAAAUCAUUGCCGACAUAAUAAUUCAGCCUCCCCCAGAGACAUUUUUACUGUUGUCACUGGGAGUAGAAUAAAUAAAAUCUCCGCCCAUUCCAUUUAUCAGCGUUCUUCCCAUUGAAAACAAUAAAACUGAAACAUACACUGCUUUGUUGGUAUACAAACGAUACCCAAAAUCGUAAUCAUUAUUAUAAUGGCGGCAGAUGUGGACAGCGAUGUACCAGAUUGGGGAGCAGCAUUUACAUUUGGGCGCAGUCGAUUUGCUGAUAAUGUUGCUGGGAAAUUCUGGAUAAAAGAUGAUCCAAUUCUACAAAUUGCUUGUGGAGAUGAACAUACUGCAUUAUUGACUGCAUCUGGCAGAUUAUUCACAUUUGGAAACAAUGAAUGGGGUCAACUGGGACAUGGCCAUACAAAAACAGUUACAAAACCAUCUUUUGUCAAAGUUCUUAAAGGAGAAAGAGCUACAGUUGUGGCAUGUGGUCGAUCUCACACGCUUGUUGCUACAGAUGGUGGACAUGUAUAUGCUUUUGGAUCUAAUAGUGAAGGUCAGCUGGGGUCAGCUGAUGAACAACCUGUGCAUACAUCACCUAUUCGAGUACAAGGCCUUGAAGGAGUUACUAUCAAAAUGUUAAGUGGUGGAGCUGAUCAUUCUUUAGCCCUUACAGAUAAAGGAAUAGUCUAUGUUUGGGGCAGUGGGUCGGAAGGACAGAUUGGUCCAGAGAAAGGCCAAAUCCUGAUUCCAACCGAAUUAAAUUUAGAUGCAAAUAUCAUCUGUAUAUCUGCAGGGUAUUACCAUUCAGCUUUUGUGACAGUGGAUGGCAAGUUAUAUACUUGUGGUGAGGGUGAAUCUGGUAAAUUGGGUCUACCAGAUCAUAUGUUAAAAAGAAGUCCUCUUUGUGUUCACUGUGUACCUGCAUUUGAUAGAAAAGUUGUAUGGGUAUCAUGUGGAGGAAAUCAUACUGUGGUGCUUACAUCUGAUGGGAAAGUUUAUAGUUUUGGAAAUGGUUUUGAUGGGCAGCUUGGCUUAGGAUCAAAACUUCUAGAGGUAUCUUCACCUCAACAAGUUGUUUUUUUAGAAAGUGUUAGAGUUGCAAGAGUGAGUUGUGGAGAAAAUCAUACUGCUUUUUUGACAGACAGGGGACAGUUGUAUACAUGUGGUAAUGGGAGACAUGGAAAAUUGGGUCUUAUUGGAGUAGAUGAUUGUUCUAAUCAAUUUGUGCCAACUUUAGUUACAAGAUUUAAUGGUUUUCAAGUUCAGCAGGUAGCCUGUGGUGGCUGUCAUACCAUGGUUCUUGCAGUCAAACAAGAAACAGUAUUUAGUUCGUACUCUAAUCCACUUAAAGAUGAAGAAAUUAACUCUGCCAGAGAAAGGAGGCGCCAAAAAUGUAUGAAAUUACCUCCUUUACCACCAAUCUCUUCUCAUUCUAAUAAAAAUGAAACAUUCUCACCUGGACUUAAAGCUGAAUAUCGACAAAGGCUACCUAGUGUAUCAAAAGGUUCUGUAUGGUACGUACCAUUGCAACAGACAUCUGUUUCUGAAUCUAAUACAUCAGAUGAGGAUGAUGAAGUACUGACAAAAACAGAACGUAGGUGUUCCCUUUUGGAUGAAGUUGAGAAAGAUGAAAGCAUUAGGCAUGUUGAUAGUGAUGUGGAAUCAGAUAGUUCUGAGGAGUCUGAGUUAAAUAGGACACACACACUUGUAAGGAUUGAUAAUACGAUAUCGUUAGUUCGUCCGGUAAUUGAAAAUGAUGCAUCUUCUAAUGUACAGUGUACAGUUCAAGAAAAUUCCCCUGAGACUUCAGAAAUGGACAGAAUUUCUGUUGCAGCUACAGAUCCAAAAGAAUCACAGCUUGAACAGAAAAGUAAAAAUGUGAGAGGUUCAACAAAUGUUGUACCCUUAUCCAAAGAGCUUUCUUCAGAGGAAUUACAGAUGAAAAGUCAUUUUUAUGAUAAUGAAAUAUUAGAAUUGAAACAUGGAUCUAAAUCAAGUACACAGUCUUUAAAGAGCAAGUCUUCCAAAGCAUGUGUCAUAAUAUAGUCAUCCAAAGAAAUGUGAAACAAACUGAACAGUUUUAUUUGUUGUGCUUUUGCAUGUUGUUACCUACAAAUGAUAAUCAUCUAUGUAUACACUAGUAUACUGUUAUGUAUAUUUAUAAAAAAUAAUCAGAGAGCUUUUAUAUAUUUAUACAUACUUUUGUAUGCUCAAAUGAAGGUAAUGUUUUCUUGCCUUAGCUUUAAAUAUGUAAUGUGGUUUUUUUAUCCUGUUUAAGCAUUUAUAAUGUUUUUACGGACUGUAUGUAAAAAGUACUUUUUUUUUAUAAAAAGCUAGAUCAGUUCUAAUAACGUUUUAAGUUCUGAAAAAGUUAGCAUUGUAUAUACUUUGAAAAUGUUGUUACAUCAUAUAAGAGAUCUGUGUGCAGAUACUGAAGUCUGCAUUUUAAGCAGUCCUUUUUGCAGAAAUUAUGAAGAGCUGUUAAGUUAUUAAAGAUCAAAUAUAUAUAUAUAUAUAUUACAUUAAAAAAACUGUCACUUUAUGUAAACUCAAAAUUAACUUUAUAACUUUAUAUGUGUAUUAUGUUAUGAAUUAAUAAAAUUAAUGCCAAAUUUAUCAUGUGAAAUUCUUAGCACGCCAGUUAUUUUUAUAUUCUGGUUUUAAAACAUAAUGUAAAUAUGGUGGGAGAAGUUUUUUAGGAAUAAUAUUUAAAUUUAGAACUUCUGAUGAUUAUAUAAGUAUUUCUGUAAAUAUAAAGGCAGCUGAACUGUGUACUAAUUUUUCUAUCUUGAUAAUUCAAGAAUAUUUAACCAUUAUAUGAAAAAAGACAUUCUUGUUGAAUUGCAGAAAUGUAGAAAAAUUUCCUACCUUGGAAGCUAUAGCUCCUCAGUUAAAUAACAGUAAAAUACAAGGAAAAGGUAUCCAACAGUUAUGAGAAAUUUGUAUGAUUUCAUUAUGCAUUACCAGAUAAAUAUCAAUAUUGAAGAAUCUUUUUAAAUAAAAAUGGUCUUUUAAUAGGUUUUGAUGGAUCAGGACAUUCCCUAUACUUUUACCUACAAAAUUUAUAAACUCAAGAACUUCCUUUCAAGUACAGAACAAUUUAUAUAUAUAUAUGUUGAAUGAUCUAAAAUUCGCUUAGUUCGGAAUUAAACUUCCUACGUAUGGGUUUCCUCUGUGAUACUUCUACUAAUUUAUAUUAGAUAAUAUAAACAAUAUUUCUUUAGUAAAAAUUAUAUAUAUAUGUAUAUAAUUGUAAAGGUUUUUAUUAUCUUGAUGUAAAAGCCUUAAGGGGGAACAAAAACUUUUUACAGAACUAUCUGCUUUAACUUUUAAAAUGGUAAUGGGCUAAUUAUAUAAAUUUUUUAUACUGUGUAGCAGCUAGUAAAAAUAAAGCUAAGUACAUUUUAAAAACUCACAUAUUCUUACAUGUAAUAAAAACUACAUGUAAUAAAAAACACAUGAAAUUCCAUAUUUAUAUUUAAUAAAUAGUGUAACCAGACUUUUCUGGCAACAAUCCAAGAUAAAGGUUUAAAAUAAAAAAACAUUUACACCAAUAAUGUUUUUCUAUGCAUGAUACUUUUGUUACGUAUUUCAUUAUUUAAUGAAAUCCACAACAAAAUUAUCAUGCAUUCCCCCCCCCCAAAAAAAAACCACCAUUCAGGAAAUUUUACUUAAUAUUUUCCCCAUUGUCGAAUUGAUAGGAAUGGUAAAUACAAUCAAAAGUCGUUAAUCCGGACUCGUCGGGACUUCGGCGAUUCCGGAUUAUAGAUCAAAUGUUUAAAUCUGGUAAAAUGGCAUGAAGAAAUUAUAAAAUUAAAAAAAUGAAACCGUA